AUGGCGGAGCAGCGAGGCCAGCAUGGAGCAGGAGCCCCCACCGAAACGUUGCACCGCCACAGAUCUCUGUGUUCGCUGACCAGCAGGCUACAGAGGCGGCACAGUCACGCUUUGCAAGCAGAGAGCAGCUGCCUUUAUUCAUGCUCUCAAAGGCCCAGAGCCCCGUCUGUCCCGUACAGGGAAGCCCUGUCGAACCGCCGCGUCCUCCCCAGCUCCACCCAGAGCAGAGGGCCUCACUCAGCGGUGCAGCAGAGCCUGGAGCAGGAGGAGGAGGAGCACGGGCUCCUGGAGGCCCAGCUGGGGAAGGUGCGGCUGGAAAAGGAGAACCAGCUGGAAGCGCAGCUCGCGGCGGCUCUGGGGGGGAGCCCAGACUCGCAGACAGCGGCAGCAGGCGGACCCCCGCCAAACCACCAGGAAGCAGAGGCGGAGCAGAGCCCCGCGGGGCAGCAGACGACGGCUCUCUGCACCAGCCUGGAUGAGCUGGCCUCGACCACGAGGAGCUACGAGGAGCAGCUGAGCAUGAUGAGCGACCACCUCUGCAGCAUGAAGGAGACCCUGAGCAAGCAGAGGGAGCAGAUCGACACCCUCAAGCUGGGCAGCAAGAGAACCUUCAAAAACCUUCAAAGAACCUUCAAAGAACCUUCGGAAACCUUCAAAGAACUUUCAAGAACCUUCAAGAACCUUCGGAGAACCUUCAAAAACCUUCAAAGAACCUUCAAAGAACCUUCAAAAACCUUCAAAGAACUUUCAAGAACCUUCAGAGAACUUUCAAGAACCUCCAGAGAACCUUCAAAAACCUUCAAGAACCUUCGGAAACCUUCAAAAACCUUCAAAAACCUUCAAAGAACUUUCAAGAACCUUCAGAGAACCUUCAAAAACCUUCAAAGAACCUUCAAAGAACCUUCGGAAACCUUCAAAGAACUUUCAAGAACCUUCAAGAACCUUCGGAGAACUUUCAAGAACUUUCAGAGAGCCUUCAGAGAACUUUCAAGAACUUUCGAGAACUUUCAGAGAACCUUUAAGAACCUUCAAAGAACCUUCAGAGAACCUUUAAGAACUUUCAGAGAACCUUCAAGAACCUUCAGAAACCUUCAAAGAACUUUCAGAGAACCUUCAAAAACUUUCAAGAACCUUCAAAGAACUUUCAAGAACCUCCAGAGAACCUUUCAAAAACCUUCAAGAACCUUCGGAAACCUUCAAAAACCUUCAAAGAACUUUCAAGAACCUUCAGAGAACUUUCAAGAACCUCCAGAGAACCUUCAAAAACCUUCAAGAACCUUCGGAAACCUUCAAAAACCUUCAAAAACCUUCAAAGAACUUUCAAGAACCUUCAGAGAACCUUCAAAAACCUUCAAAGAACCUUCAAAGAACCUUCGGAAACCUUCAAAGAACUUUCAAGAACCUUCAGAGAACUUUCAGAGAACCUUUAAGAACCUUCAGAGAACCUUCAGAGAACCUUUAAGAACUUUCAGAGAACCUUCAAAAACCUUCAAGAACCUUCGGAGAACUUUCAAGAACUUUCAGAGAGCCUUCAGAGAACUUUCAAGAACUUUCGAGAACUUUCAGAGAACCUUUAAGAACCUUCAAAGAACCUUCAGAGAACCUUUAAGAACUUUCAGAGAACCUUCAAGAACCUUCAGAAACCUUCAAAGAACUUUCAGAGAACCUUCAAAAACCUUCAAGAACCUUCAAAGAACUUUCAAGAACCUCCAGAGAACCUUUCAAAAACCUUCAAGAACCUUCGGAAACCUUCAAAAACCUUCAAAGAACUUUCAAGAACCUUCAGAGAACUUUCAAGAACCUCCAGAGAACCUUCAAAAACCUUCAAGAACCUUCGGAAACCUUCAAAAACCUUCAAAAACCUUCAAAGAACUUUCAAGAACCUUCAGAGAACCUUCAAAAACCUUCAAAGAACCUUCAAAGAACCUUCGGAAACCUUCAAAGAACUUUCAAGAACCUUCAGAGAACUUUCAGAGAACCUUUAAGAACCUUCAGAGAACCUUCAGAGAACCUUUAAGAACUUUCAGAGAACCUUCAAAAACCUUCAAGAACCUUCGGAGAACUUUCAAGAACUUUCAGAGAGCCUUCAGAGAACUUUCAAGAACUUUCGAGAACUUUCAGAGAACCUUUAAGAACCUUCAAAGAACCUUCAGAGAACCUUUAAGAACUUUCAGAGAACCUUCAAGAACCUUCAGAAACCUUCAAAGAACUUUCAAGAACCUUCAAGAACCUUCGGAGAACUUUCAAGAACUUUCAGAGAACCUUCAGAGAACUUUCAAGAACUUUCGAGAACUUUCAGAGAACCUUCAAGAACUUUCAAGAACCUUCAAAGAACCUUCAGAGAACCUUUAAGAACUUUCAGAGAACCUUCAAAAACCUUCAAAGAACCUUCAAGAACCUUCGGAAACCUUCAAAGAACUUUCAAGAACCUUCAAGAACCUUCGGAGAACUUUCAAGAACUUUCAGAGAACCUUCAGAGAACUUUCAAGAACUUUCGAGAACUUUCAGAGAACCUUCAAGAACCUUCAAAGAACCUUCAGAGAACCUUUAAAAACUUUCAGAGAA